CCGCUGGCGUGCAUCCCUCCAUUAGCCGCGCAAGGAGACGCUCGGCAGCACAGUACUAGUUAAAGUACUAACUAGCAGACUAGGACUAACUAGUUGUGUUGGAAACUAUGGGAUGCAUCGUCAUGGCAACAGACCAGACGUCACAAUCUGGGCAUGUGUGUUCCAUUUUUGUCUUUCUUAUUUUUCAGACUGGGAGACCUGGAUUUAGAUCUGUCGGGGGAAAAUAAUAUAAAUUUGCGUUUUUGUAAUUUUUUUUAAAAACCUGGAUGGGGGGCAAAAAAUAAGCCUGAUUUGCUUGCGAGAGGUUUUUUUUUCUUUUUCUUUUUCUUUUUUUUUUUUUAAAUCUACAGAGCGAGUUCUUCUCGGGUGAAGAAAGAGACUGUGCUGCGGCAUCUGGAGGGUUAACUUUCUGUAUUCCCAGCCUGAAAGGGGUUUGGGGGCUAUGAGAUAAAGAUGCCGGGGUCGCUGAGUAAUGAAGACGAGGGACAGGACGACAUGGAUUUUGAAGACGAUAUGCCAGAUGAAGAUGACGAAACGGAGCGCAACACCGUUCCCCUCACGGCCCUCGCAAGCUUCUUCUCUGACGACGACUCCCUCAAACAGCAGAAGAAGACAAAGCCCAAAAAGAUCAAAGAAGGCAAAAUACCCAAGGUUAAGAAGAGGAAAAAAGAGGGAGGACUCCAGGCGAGACUUGACAGUGACCUGGAGGAGAUCUCAGAGGUAGAGGAGGAACACGAACGGCCAGAAAUUGGCUCCGAGAGCGAGAGCAGCGCGUAUGGCCCGACCAAAAAAAAGAAGAAGAAACCCCGGGAGAAAAAAGAGAGGAAGCCCAGAAAGAAGAAGAGAGAUGAGGACGACGAUGAAGACGACGACGACGAUGGCAACAUGAAAGAGCCCAAAUCCUCCAGCCAGCUGAUGCACGAAUGGGGUCUUGAAGAUGUUCAUUAUGGUUUCACGGAGGACGACUACAAAACAAUCACCAAUUACAAGGCUUUCAGCCAGUUCCUCAGGCCCCUCAUUGCCAAGAAGAAUCCGAAGAUUCCCAUGUCAAAGAUGAUGACAGUGUUGGGAGCCAAGUGGCGCGAGUUCAGUGCCAACAACCCGUUCAAAGGUGCAUCUGCCACCGCCGUGGCCGCCGCCGUGGCCGCCGCCGUGGAAACGGUGACUGUGGCUCAGCCAACAUCUGUCAGCAACAGCCAGCUGAGCUCUCAGCAAGGCACGUUAAAAAAAGCCAAAACCAAAGAAGGAAAAGGGCCAGGAGUUAGAAAGAAAAGCAAGUCCUUGAAAGAAGUGAAGAAGAAACCCAAGCCGAAGAAGACUAAAUCAAAAACGGGUCAAAGCGGGAAGAAAAAGAAAGCAUCCUCAAGCGAGGAGGACUUUCUGGAGGAGUCAGACUUUGAUGACAUCAGCAUCCACAGUGCCUCUGUGCUUUCUGAUACCUCUGGGGCCGCCACCAAGAAAAAGGCCCGACGUGGGCGGAAAAAAAGGAAAAAGGAGGACGGCGAUGGCUACGAGACUGACCACCAGGACUACUGUGAGGUUUGCCAGCAGGGUGGAGAAAUCAUCCUCUGUGACACUUGUCCAAGAGCCUACCACCUUGUGUGUCUGGACCCUGAGCUGGAGAAGGCACCGGAGGGAAAAUGGAGCUGUCCACAUUGCGAGAAGGAGGGAAUCCAGUGGGAGGCCAAAGAUGAAGAGGAGGAGGAGGAGGACCCCGCGGGUGAAGAAGAGGAUGACCAUAUGGAGUUCUGCAGAGUUUGUAAGGAUGGAGGAGAGCUUCUGUGUUGUGACACCUGUCCAUCAUCUUACCACAUCCACUGCCUCAACCCGCCUCUGCCCGAGAUCCCAAACGGGGAAUGGUUGUGUCCUCGCUGCAUGUGCCCACCUCUUAAAGGUAAAGUGCAGAAAAUUUUGCACUGGAUGUGGGGAGAACCGCCGCUGCCAGCUGAGCCACCCGCAGGCCCGGACGGCAAGCCGAUCGAUCCACUCACCAAGCCCCCGCUUAAGGGGCGCCCAGAGAGGGAAUUCUUUGUAAAGUGGGCCGGCCUUUCGUACUGGCACUGCUCCUGGGUCAGCGAGCUGCAGUUAGAGCUGUACCACACAGUCAUGUAUCGCAACUACCAGCGGAAGAACGACAUGGACGAGCCUCCGCCGUACGACUACGGCUCUGGUGAGGAGGAGCUCAACAACGAGAAGAGGAAGAGCAAAGACCCCCAGUACGCUGCGAUGGAGGAGCGCUUUUACCGCUACGGCAUUAAGCCAGAGUGGAUGGUCAUCCACAGGAUACUCAACCACAGUUUUGACAAAGACGGUGAUGUCCAUUACCUGAUCAAGUGGAGAGACUUACCGUACGAUCAGUGCACCUGGGAGGCAGAUGAUUUUGACAUCCCAGAGUAUGAAAUUCAUAAAGCUUUUUACUGGGACCACAGAGAGCAAAUUUUAGGAGAGGACCAGCGCCCUCUUGUGGUAAGAAAAGGGAAGAAACUGAAAGAGAACUAUCCGAAAAGAGAAGUCCCUCCCAGCGCCCCCAUCAUAGACCCAACCAUCAAAUUUGAGCACCAGCCCUGGUAUAUUAAUGCCACAGGGGGAACGUUGCACCCAUACCAGCUGGAAGGUCUGAAUUGGUUACGGUUUUCCUGGGCUCAAGGGACAGACACCAUCCUGGCAGAUGAAAUGGGCCUCGGAAAAACGGUUCAGACAAUAGUCUUUCUCUACUCUCUGUAUAAGGAGGGUCAUUCUAAGGGGCCUUUCUUGGUGAGUGCUCCUCUGUCCACCAUCAUCAAUUGGGAGAGGGAAUUUGAGAUGUGGGCUCCCGAUUUCUACGUGGUGACGUACACCGGAGACAAAGACAGCAGAGCAACAAUCAGGGAGAACGAAUUCACCUUCGAAGACAGCGCCAUAAAAUCUGGGCGCAAGGUGUUCCGGAUGAAGAAAGACUCGCCUAUAAAGUUCCACGUGCUGCUGACCUCUUACGAGCUGAUCACGAUAGAUCAAGCCAUUCUGGGCUCCGUCACCUGGGCCUGUCUGGUUGUAGAUGAGGCUCACAGACUGAAGAACAACCAAUCAAAGUUUUUCAGAAUUCUUAACGGGUACAAGAUUUACUACAAGCUGCUGCUCACCGGAACUCCUCUGCAGAACAACCUGGAGGAGCUCUUCCACCUCCUUAACUUCCUCACCCCGGACCGCUUCAACAACCUGGAAGGCUUCCUUGAGGAGUUUGCAGAUAUCUCUAAAGAGGACCAGAUCAAGAAGCUCCACGACCUCCUCGGACCUCACAUGCUCAGGAGGCUGAAAGCCGACGUCUUCAAGAACAUGCCGGCCAAGACUGAGCUCAUUGUGAGAGUGGAGCUCAGCCCCAUGCAGAAGAAGUAUUACAAGUUUAUUUUGACGCGGAAUUUUGAGGCUCUGAACUCCAGAGGUGGAGGCAACCAGGUGUCUCUGCUCAACAUUAUGAUGGACCUGAAGAAGUGCUGUAACCACCCCUACCUGUUCCCCGUUGCUGCUGUGGAGGCUCCUGUUUUACCCAACGGCUCCUACGAUGGCAACCAGCUGGUGAAGUCUUCAGGAAAACUAACGCUGCUUCAAAAAAUGCUGAAGAAACUCAAAGACGAAGGACAUAGAGUUCUUAUUUUCUCUCAGAUGACUAAGAUGCUGGAUCUGCUCGAGGAUUUCCUUGAGUUUGAAGGCUAUAAAUAUGAACGUAUUGAUGGAGGGAUUACUGGGGGCUUACGGCAGGAAGCCAUUGAUCGCUUCAAUGCUCCAGGGGCGCAGCAGUUCUGCUUCUUGCUUUCAACGCGAGCCGGAGGUCUCGGCAUCAACUUGGCCAGUGCAGACACCGUCAUCAUCUAUGACUCUGACUGGAAUCCGCACAAUGACAUCCAAGCUUUUAGCAGAGCCCACCGGAUAGGCCAAAACAAGAAGGUGAUGAUCUACCGUUUUGUGACUCGGGGAUCUGUGGAGGAGAGGAUCACUCAGGUGGCAAAGAGAAAAAUGAUGCUGACUCACCUGGUGGUGCGGCCAGGUCUGGGCUCCAAAACAGGCUCCAUGUCCAAACAAGAACUGGACGACAUCCUCAAGUUUGGAACUGAGGAACUUUUUAAGGAUGAAAUGGAGGCAGCGCGGACCAUGGGUGAUAACAAAGAUGGCGAGGAGGGCAAUGUCAUUCACUACGACGACGAUGCCAUCUCAAAGCUGCUGGACCGCAGCCAAGACGCCACCGAGGACACAGAGAUCCAGAACAUGAACGAGUACCUGAGCUCAUUCAAGGUGGCGCAGUACGUGGUGAAAGAAGAAGACGAAGAGGAGGAGGUAGAGCGGGAAAUCAUCAAGCAAGAGGAGAACGUGGACCCAGAUUACUGGGAGAAGCUUCUCCGCCAUCACUAUGAGCAGCAACAGGAGGACCUGGCCCGAAAUCUGGGGAAAGGCAAACGCAUUCGGAAGCAGGUCAACUACAACGAUGCGACCCAGGAGGACCAAGAAUGGCAGGAUGAUCUUUCAGACAAUCAAUCGGAGUACUCCGUGGGGUCCGAAGACGAGGACGAAGAUUUCGAGGAGAGGCCCGAAGGUGGACGCAGACAGUCUCGCCGACAACUUAAGAAUGAGAAAGACAAACCUCUGCCGCCCUUACUGGCACGUGUUGGAGGCAGUAUAGAGGUCCUUGGGUUCAACACGCGCCAGAGGAAAGCUUUCCUCAACGCCAUCAUGCGCUGGGGCAUGCCUCCUCAGGAUGCCUUCAACUCACACUGGCUGGUCCGGGACCUCAGAGGGAAGAGUGAGCGUGAGUUCAGGGCCUACGUGUCUCUGUUCAUGAGACAUUUAUGUGAGCCGGGGGCUGACGGAGCGGAGACCUUUGCGGACGGGGUCCCCCGCGAGGGCCUGUCUCGACAGCAUGUUCUCACCAGGAUCGGAGUCAUGUCGCUUGUCAGGAAAAAGGUGCAGGAGUUUGAACAUGUAAAUGGGAAGCUGAGCUCUCCGGAUCUGAUUCCCAUUGGAAUGGAGCUGAAGAAACUGACUGAAAGCGUGUCUUCUGAUCCCAACACCCCUGUGCCAGCCAGCCCUGUUGCUACGCAGCCCAGCACCCCCAUCCCACCAGAGAAGGCAGAAUCUUUGGUACGAAAUGCUGAAGACAAGGAAACAACAGAGACAGAGGCAAAGAAGCUAUCUGAGCAGGACCAGGCCCCCAAUGAAGAGUUAGCAUCAGCACCCGAGAAGGCUGGCGACAGUGACGAGACGAAGGCAACCUCAAAAGAGAAAACGGGAGAUGAGAGGAGCAGAACCAAAUCCCCCGUGACAAAGGCCGAGCCACCUGCCUACCCAAAAGAAUCGGCUUUCAAGCAGGCAGAGCUGCCAUCUAGUCAUACCUCACCUAAGACGGACCCUUGCAAGGAAGCCGAGAAGUCCUCUGAAAAAGGAGAGGCUGGUUCUCCUCGGGAAAGAACUGAAGACAAAGAAAAUAAGCCAGAUGACGUGAAGAGUGAACAUGCAUUAGAGGGUCGACUGAACGGGGACAAAGACACUCUGGAUGAGCUGGAUGAAAGCAGAAAAGAAGACAAAAACGGAUUCAAAGCCAAGUUCAUGUUUAAUAUCGCGGACGGAGGUUUCACUGAGCUGCACACCCUGUGGCAGACCGAGGAGCGAGCGGCUCUUUCGUCUGGAAAAAUGCACGACAUCUGGCAUCGUCGCCAUGACUACUGGCUGCUGGCUGGCAUCGUAACACAUGGCUACGCUCGCUGGCAAGACAUUCAGAACGACCCCCGUUACGCCAUUCUGAAUGAGCCCUUCAAAACAGAGAUGCAUAAGGGCAACUACUUGGAGAUGAAGAACAAGUUCCUGGCUCGGCGAUUUAAGCUGUUAGAGCAGGCAUUGGUGAUUGAGGAGCAGCUGCGACGGGCAGCUUACCUCAACAUGACCCAGGACCCCAGUCACCCUGCCAUGGCGCUCAACACGCGCUUCGCUGAGGUGGAAUGUUUGGCCGAGUCCCAUCAGCACCUCUCCAAAGAGUCUCUGGCUGGGAACAAGCCUGCCAAUGCUGUGCUUCACAAAGUGCUGAACCAGCUAGAAGAACUUCUGAGUGACAUGAAAGCAGAUGUGACACGACUUCCCAACAUGCUGUCCAGAAUCCCACCGGUGUCGGCCCGUUUGCAAAUGUCGGAGAGAAGCAUCCUGAGCCGCCUCACCAGCAGAGGCAGCGAACCUCCACCGCAGCAGCCUUUUAGCCAGGGAGGAUUCAGCUGUUCCCAGAUGUACAGCGGCGGUUUUGGUGGGGGAUUCAGAGGACCGGGCGGACAGCCAAUGGUCAACUAUAGCCAGAUGCCCCUCGGACCUUACGUCAGCGUGUCAUCUAAUGGCCCCCCACCCCCUACAAGCCAUUUGGACAAGAAAUCACUUGACUCGUUCAGAGACGGGGCUACGCCUGAACUCAAGUCAGGCAAAGCAAGUGAUGUCAUCUGUAUUGAGGACUAGACAAGCUCUGUAUCAUUGACCUGAGGUCAGAAACUCCCAGGGAUGGAAUCCGAAUGGAUGACUGCUGCCCUUGUGUCAUGCUACAUCCCUCUGUCCCCCCCCUCCUCCUCCUCCUAUCUCAUAAUCUGCUUACUGAAACUCGGCUGUGAGCGGAUAAGGCAGUUAACUUUUUUUGAUUCGUGUACAUGUAUCUAUCUUAAAAAAAAAAGUUGCACUUUUAUCUUUCAAGGACCCUAUAGAGGUAUUUCAGUAGGUGUUUGUUUUAUUUGUUGAGAAACUGAGAAUAAGGACAGAAGACGAAGCAGUUUUUUUUUGUUGUUUUUUUUUGGAAGAGGACUUUGAAAGGCCUGCACUAUAAAGCAAAACUCAAUCAAGUCCAAGCGUCGGGGCCUCUUCAACGGGGCUCACUAAGUUUUAUGUAUUUAUUUUUCGCAGGCUGUGACUUUGUAAAUCUGCGUGCAACCCCCUUGCUUUUAUGCAUACGUCAACGCCCCCUUUACACUGUGACUGUGCUGCUUUGAAGCUUGUUCAAUGUGAAGAGGAGAGAAGCUCACUUCUUUAAAUCGAGAUAGUUUUCGAACAUCGAUAUCCUUAAAGUUACUGUACACGAACAUGACUUUUUAUCAUCCAUGUUGCAAGCAGGUGACAGAAUGCGGGUUUUUCGAGGAAAUCAAAACUUUUACCAUGUACUGUAUUUGUUUUGCAGAACAGUUUAUCUGUAGCCUUUGAAGACUGCCACCUGCUGGUGAUGUUGAGAAAGUAGCUCCGGCUAAAACAGGAAGCUGCGCCUAACUCUUAUCACCUUUCAAGGCUGCCGUUCGGCUACUGUACAUAUUAGGAGGCUGCAAUUUAUUUUUCAUUGCAAAGGUCUAACGAAGGUGAAAAUAACAACUCAUUCAUAGCUAAAAAAAAAAAAAAAAGUUUUCAGGUCUCAGUAUUGUUCAUGGUAAUCCAGCAGAACAAUUUGAAAUGACAGAACAUUAAUUCAAAAUUUCUAUGUACUGUACACUACUCGUGACUCUUUGUUUGAAUGUUAGUGUUGGUUGUAGCGCUUCACCCACACAAGCCACGGUGGGACCAUAAACUGGCACUUGCUUGCAGGGUUUCAGAGAUCAGACCAAGUGUGAGUCAGAACCGACAAGUUUCAUUUUCUCUUUAACGUCCCGAAAAAACCCUCCUUACUUCCCAUUUUACUGGUUCGGACUGAAAACGAAAAUACACGCUUGUGUCGCAAUGUCAUAUUCAGCUCUUUUUAGGAGCUGGGGUUUUGUGCCCCUGCGCUUGAGUUAUAGUAUAAUCAGAUACAUAAGCUUACUUCAUGCAAGGGGAUAGCUCGUUCUUUGAUGCAGUGCAUUUUUUCCGCUGAGGCGGAUAUUGUAUAAAGGUGAUGCCGCAGCCUAAACUUACCUGUUCUCAUUCCAACUUUAAAGGAAUGGUGUUGCACUGUGUGACUUUUUGACGUCCCCCCCGUCCCCCCUUAAUGUUGUCGUCCUUUAUGUCGACCCAUGUAAAAUGCAUUAGGUGCAGAGAUUUUUUCAAAAAUACUAAUCUUAGUUUUAUGUAAUAAAGUUAAUCGAGUUUAGGACAUGUUGACAAAUGUACCAAUUUAACACACUCUAAGGAAAAAAAAAACUUCAUAGUUCGAAAGUUAUGUUGACAAGUUCAUAUAACCAGUUAAUUGAAAAAUCUGUUAAAUUAGUCUGAGCUGGAACUUUAAUUUAUGGAUGUUUUAACUGUGACUAAACUACUCAUAGGCAUUUUUUUUCUAUGGUUGCUUGUGAACACAACAUUGAACUUGCCUUCUACUGUCCAAUGUAGCAAAAAAAAAAAAAAAUAAUCCAAAAUGAAGAAUAAACAGUGUUAUUGUUGGUAAUAUGGUUAACUAGAGGUGGACCCUAAGUAGAAUUUUUCUUAGGAACUCAUACUAACUUUGGACAGCCCUCGUUAAACCAAAGAAACAUCUGAAACAGGCAGGAGAUUGGUCUUUAAGGACUGCCUUGGACAUAACUGCAUUAAAGCUUGUUUUGCCAACACUGUGGAAGCAUUGUUUGAUGAAAAAGUGUUGUUUGCUGUAACUUUAUAAUUGAAAGCAUUUGAAUCUUAGCAACAGCUGGAUCCAUGCAGGUCACUUUGAGACACAGAGUCUUUGAGUCUGAAGCCAUGCUGUUUUCAAAUGCGUAGAAUGUGGCCGCCUCCUUUCUUAGGCCUGCAGCAAGCAUCUUUAGUGGAUCAAAAAGUCUAAAUUGGAUCCUUAAUGUAUAUAUAUAUUUUCUGAACUGUGGCUAUGUUUGGAUUUCAUUUUUUCUUGGUAGAGUUUUGAAUAUAAUUUAAAAAUCUACCAAGUAAUUAGAUGCAUUUUGUGUUCACUAACAACAACCUUCUCAUACUGGGCUUAUAUAUCAUCGUGCUUUGUCCUAUAUUAGGUGCCAUUUCUAAAUUGAAUGUGAAUAUCUUCCUUAUUGUCUCCUCCACUUUUCUCACAAUUGCUCCAAUAAUUUUUAACUAAGCUCCAGUUUGAUCUCAAACUAUUUUAACCAUACUUAAAAGUUGCAUUUUUUGAUUCUUACGACUUACUAAAACAUGUUGCUGUCAUCAAAUCUUGCCACAUUUCAAGAACAGCGUCACAUGCUGUGUGUUCCUAAAUCAAAUUUAGGGUUCUAAUAAUUUGCAAGUUAUUGCUUUCUGUUCCUCUGUGCCCUAUGUUUUUGAAGGUGGCAUAAACCAGUGCAGAUCUAAUAAGUUGAAAGUAGUAGUAUACUUUGGAAAAGUAUUUACCCCCUCACAAAUGUCCUGUUUAUGCAUUUUUAAUCACAUCUAAAUGUUUUAGAUACUCAAAUAAAUAAUAAUGAAGAGACCCCUAUAUAACACUAAACACAGUUUUAAAUUUUUCCUUCUCUUUAUUUGGGAAAAAAACUUUCCAAAUCCGCCUGGCCCUAUGUAAAACAGAAUUGCCCUCGGCAGCAACCCCUGCUAUCGAGCAUUUGCUGGCGUGGAAUCCUGACCCGCUCUUAUUUGCAGCAUUGUUUUAGCUCCGUUGAAUGAUUUCUGAGCAUGAACAGUCUGCUUAAGGUCAGAAUCUCAAAUAUAUUGUUCAGACUUUGACUAGGACCCUACAAAAUCAACUAGAGCAAUUCAUCAAGGUCCUAAAAAAAAAAGCUGUUCCAGACCAUCACAUGACCAGCACCAUGUGAGCGUUCAUGUGAAAGUCUGGUUGCCUCUGAUUUAAGCCUGCUUGUGGUUGCCAUGACUCAGAUAACUGAGAACUUGCACAGGCGUGUUCAUGUAAUGUUCAUAUGAUGGUCCUUUGUGUUCUCCCAUGGAGGCUUUUCCCCUCUUUUAAUUGCUGAACCAUCAACAUUCACCUUAACUGAGAAAACCAAGGGCUGCAGUACUUCCAAUGUUGUCCUGGGGUGUUUUGUGACCUCCUGGAUGAGUUGUUCAAGCACUCCUGGAGUAUUUCUGGUAGGCCAGCCACUCCUGGAAAGGUUCACCACUCAUCCAGGCUCCCUCCCCUUGUGGGCAAUGGUUCUCACUAUAUCCCUCUGAAGUCUCGACAUGGCUUUGUACCUCAGUGACUUGGUCUCUCAUCCGUUCUUGAAUGUCAACUUCAGUGCACAUGGUGCUUUUUUUUUUUUUUUUUUUUUUUUUAGAUCUUUUCAUCUACUUCUUGUUGUCAAACAGGACACUUAAGUCAUUUCUUGAUUGCACAGGUCUGUUAAUCAUCAGGCCUGGAUGUCCAGCAAAAUUAGCUUAAUCAUACAGGAUUUAACAAAGGGUGAGAUUCUUUUUUUUUUUACAUAGAGCUAGGUAGUAUGGAACACUUUUUUUCAUUAGUAAAUAAUUGCUAGAACUAGCUAGAACUUUGAUAUUUAAUUUUUUUUUUAAAUAUACUUUAGUAUGACUAAAAAAGCGAAUAUUGAUCAAAAUCUAUAAGGAGGCAAAUACUUUUUCACAACAUUGUCUUUCUUUUUUUAAGGUUCGGUGGAAAUCUUUUAUAUUUGACUUUUUACAAGGGAUAAGGUUGUGAAGUAUAAACUUGUUCGACUGGAUUUUUUCAUCCUGUAUUGGGAAAUUAAAUAAUUGCCCUGGAGUGCUCGUUUCGCCCCCCCUCCCUUUUAACCAGAUUGUAUACCUUCAGUCCUUACCCGGAAAUCUCAACUUGCCAUGACUGGAAACUCAAAUACUUUUGCAGGCGUUGCAAUUUUUUUUAACCAUCUGAUGUGUCUGGAAGUGCAUCACAUCAGUUUCUGUGGAAUGUUUCUAAGUGCUUAUUGUUGUCAGCUGUGUUUUUGCUCAUGCCAUCAAAUACUUGACCAUGACAUGUAUUAGGCUAUUAACAGAUAGGACCUCAGAACAUGUAAAUACUUGAAUGAUUUUUCAGAAUGAAGCUCGUAUCAUAUAGAUUUCUUUUUUUUUUUUUUUGUAUUUGUAAGAAAACAAAACGAAAAAAAAAACAUGAAUGUCCACUGAAUUGUGUUGCCAUAGAACUGCUAUGUGCACAACAUGUGCUCAUCAAUCAAAUUUCUGUCUUUUCCUCUGGAGUGGUGACAUCAAACACAAUAUUUUCAAUGAAAUGCAAUCAAACUGAAGUCAGUAUGAAUGUACUGUCCGUUUAAAAGGCUUCAGUCUAAUAUUAAGAUGUUAAACAAUGUAUGUAUUCCUUAUUAAGAUGGCUUCAAAAGCUACUAAAAGACCCUUAUAAAAGGCACCUUUGUUGCAGUAAAUGCACAGCAUGUGAAACGUCUGACGGUUCACUUUCCAGGUGUGGCAGCGUGUCUUUACAGACAAGGAGCUCCAAGCAGUGUUAUGGUUCUGAUAAUUGUGCUGUAUGGCAAUUGAAUCAAAAAGUGAAUUUGUCAUCUUUUUAUUUGUAUUCCGUGUAUUUGUUCAAUGUGUUUUAAUAAAUAUUCUGGACAAGAAGGAA